CCGCGCACGCGCGCUGGCUGCCUCGCGCGGGGGCGCGCGGGCGGCGGGGGGAGGAGGGGGCGGCGCGCGGCUCCCUCUGCCUCACACACGGCAGCGGCGGCUCCUUUGUUCCCCCCGCGCCGCGCCGCGGGCUCGCCCGCCCCCGCGCCGCGCCCCGCCGGGGAUGGACCCCGCCAGCGGCCGCUCCGGCGACGAGCGCGCGCUACGUUAAAAACUUGUAAUCCUGAGACCUCAACUGCCCCUCGUCGCCACGCUGUCACUGUGCUGUGAGAUAUUGGAGACCUCAAUGUCCAUAGCAGGAUACUCCCUGGAGCAACUGCUUUGAAGAUGUCUACGCCGGAUCCUCCGAUGGGAGGGACGCCUCGCCCCGGGCCUUCCCCGGGGCCCGGCCCGUCUCCCGGUGCCAUGCUGGGCCCCAGCCCGGGGCCGUCUCCUGGCUCGGCGCACAGCAUGAUGGGCCCCAGCCCCGGACCGCCUUCGGCAGGACACCCGCUGCCUCCUCAGGGGCCCGGCGGCUACGCUCAGGACAACAUGCACCAGAUGCACAAGCCCAUGGAUUCCAUGCACGAGAAGGGAAUAACCGACGAUCCUCGUUACAGCCAGAUGAAAGGGAUGGGAAUGAGGCCUGGCGGGCACACGGGAAUGGGUCCUCCUCCAAGCCCCAUGGAUCAGCACUCUCAAGGUUACCCUUCUCCGCUCGGUGGCUCUGAGCACGCGUCAAGCCCGGUCCCAGCUAACGGUCCGUCCUCUGGCCCUCAGAUGUCCUCUGGUCCUGGGGGCGUCCCGUUAGACGGCACGGACCCGCAAGCGUUAGGGCAACAGAAUCGGGGUCCGACCCCUUUUAACCAGAACCAGCUGCACCAGUUAAGAGCUCAGAUCAUGGCCUACAAGAUGCUUGCCAGAGGCCAGCCUCUACCCGACCACCUUCAAAUGGCAGUGCAGGGAAAAAGACCAAUGCCUGGAAUGCAGCAGCAAAUGCCGACACUACCUCCCCCCUCUGUGUCUGGGACAGGACCAGUGCAAGGGCCAGUGCAAGGGCCUGGACCAGGACCAACACCUCCAAACUAUAACAGACCUCAUGGUAUAGGAGGGCCUAACAUGCCUCCUCCCGGACCCUCAGGAGUUCCCCCAGGAAUGCCUGGGCAGCCCCCCGGCGGCCCCCCCAAGCCCUGGCCGGAAGGACCAAUGGCAAAUGCUGCAGCCCCCACGAGCACACCUCAGAAGCUGAUUCCUCCCCAGCCAACCGGCCGUCCCUCACCAGCACCUCCGGCGGUACCUCCUGCAGCGUCCCCCGUGAUGCCACCCCAGACCCAGUCGCCCGGGCAGCCAGCCCAGCCGGCCCCCAUGGUACAGCUUCACCAGAAACAGAACCGCAUCACGCCCAUCCAGAAACCGAGAGGGCUCGACCCGGUGGAAAUCCUGCAGGAGAGGGAAUACAGACUGCAAGCUCGUAUUGCUCACAGAAUCCAAGAGCUAGAAAACCUUCCUGGGUCCCUGGCUGGUGACCUGAGAACCAAAGCUACCAUUGAACUUAAAGCACUAAGACUGCUCAACUUUCAGAGACAGCUGCGUCAGGAAGUUGUGGUGUGCAUGAGACGAGAUACAGCCUUGGAAACGGCCCUGAACGCGAAGGCUUACAAACGCAGCAAGCGGCAGUCCUUGCGUGAAGCUCGCAUCACCGAGAAACUGGAGAAGCAACAGAAGAUUGAGCAAGAACGGAAACGCAGGCAAAAGCACCAGGAAUACCUCAAUAGCAUUCUGCAGCAUGCUAAAGAUUUCAAGGAAUACCAUCGGUCUGUCACAGGCAAAAUUCAAAAGCUCACAAAGGCAGUGGCCACUUACCAUGCCAACACUGAACGUGAGCAGAAGAAAGAGAAUGAGAGGAUUGAGAAAGAGAGAAUGCGUCGUUUGAUGGCUGAAGAUGAAGAAGGAUACCGCAAGCUUAUUGAUCAGAAGAAAGAUAAGCGCUUGGCCUACCUGCUUCAGCAGACAGAUGAGUACGUAGCGAACCUGACUGAGCUAGUGCGGCAACACAAGGCUGCGCAGGUUGCAAAGGAGAAAAAGAAGAAAAAGAAAAAGAAGAAGGCAGAGAAUGCAGAAGGGCAAACUCCUGCAAUUGGACCAGAUGGCGAACCUCUGGAUGAGACGAGCCAAAUGAGCGAUCUCCCUGUGAAAGUGAUCCAUGUGGAGAGCGGCAAGAUCCUCACUGGCACGGAUGCACCAAAGGCUGGACAACUGGAAGCCUGGCUGGAAAUGAACCCCGGAUAUGAAGUAGCUCCAAGAUCUGACAGUGAAGAAAGUGGGUCAGAAGAGGAGGAGGAGGAGGAGGAAGAGGAGCAACCGCAACCUGCUCAGCCUGCCCUGCCUGUAGAGGAGAAGAAAAAGAUCCCAGAUCCAGACAGCGAUGAUGUGUCAGAAGUGGAUGCCAGACACAUUAUCGAGAAUGCUAAGCAAGAUGUUGAUGAUGAAUACGGGGUCUCUCAAGCUCUGGCAAGGGGCCUGCAGUCCUACUAUGCCGUGGCCCACGCAGUCACGGAGCGAGUGGACAAGCAGUCCACGCUCAUGGUCAAUGGCGUUCUCAAGCAGUACCAGAUCAAAGGUUUGGAGUGGCUAGUGUCCUUAUACAAUAAUAAUCUGAAUGGUAUCCUGGCAGAUGAAAUGGGUCUGGGCAAAACAAUCCAGACUAUUGCUUUAAUUACAUACCUCAUGGAGCACAAACGUAUCAAUGGACCCUUCCUCAUUAUAGUACCUCUCUCAACUCUGUCAAAUUGGGCAUAUGAGUUUGAUAAAUGGGCUCCUUCUGUGGUGAAGGUCUCAUACAAGGGCUCUCCAGCAGCAAGACGAGCAUUUGUACCUCAGCUUCGAAGUGGAAAAUUCAAUGUCUUGCUCACUACUUACGAAUAUAUCAUCAAAGAUAAGCACAUUCUUGCUAAGAUCCGUUGGAAGUACAUGAUUGUGGAUGAAGGACACAGAAUGAAGAACCACCACUGUAAGCUAACGCAGGUCCUCAACACGCACUAUGUAGCGCCACGUCGUUUGCUGCUGACAGGGACUCCACUACAGAAUAAGCUGCCAGAGCUGUGGGCUCUGCUCAAUUUCCUCCUUCCGACCAUCUUCAAAAGCUGUAGCACAUUUGAGCAGUGGUUUAAUGCUCCAUUUGCCAUGACAGGAGAAAAGGUGGAUCUGAAUGAAGAAGAAACAAUUCUGAUAAUUCGACGUUUACACAAAGUGCUGCGUCCCUUCCUGCUAAGAAGGCUAAAGAAGGAAGUAGAAGCACAGCUGCCUGAAAAGGUGGAGUACGUGAUCAAAUGCGACAUGUCGGCAUUGCAGAGGGUGCUCUAUAGACACAUGCAGGCCAAGGGAGUGCUCCUCACGGAUGGAUCCGAGAAGGAUAAAAAGGGAAAAGGCGGUACAAAAACCUUAAUGAAUACGAUCAUGCAACUGAGGAAAAUCUGUAACCAUCCGUACAUGUUUCAGCAUAUAGAGGAAUCCUUUUCCGAGCACUUAGGUUUCACUGGCGGUAUUGUGCAGGGACUGGACUUGUACCGAGCAUCGGGGAAGUUUGAGCUCCUGGACAGAAUUCUUCCCAAACUGCGAGCCACCAACCACAAGGUGCUGCUCUUCUGCCAGAUGACUUCCCUCAUGACCAUCAUGGAAGAUUACUUUGCCUACCGCGGAUUCAAAUACCUCAGGCUGGACGGAACCACUAAAGCUGAAGACCGGGGCAUGUUGUUAAAGACUUUCAAUGAGCCAGGCUCCGAGUACUUCAUUUUCUUGCUGAGCACUCGAGCUGGCGGACUGGGUCUGAACCUCCAGUCUGCAGAUACUGUGAUUAUCUUUGACAGCGACUGGAAUCCUCACCAGGACUUGCAGGCGCAGGACCGAGCACAUCGCAUCGGGCAGCAGAACGAAGUGCGCGUCCUCCGACUCUGCACUGUGAACAGCGUGGAGGAGAAGAUCCUUGCUGCGGCCAAGUACAAGCUGAAUGUUGAUCAGAAGGUUAUCCAAGCCGGCAUGUUUGACCAGAAGUCCUCAAGCCACGAGCGGAGAGCUUUCCUCCAGGCCAUCUUGGAACAUGAGGAGCAGGACGAGAACAGAUACAGCGCGGGCAGCGGCAGUGGCAGUGCAAGCUUCCCCCACACUGCCUCAACCCUGUGCCUGAACGCUGAGUUGGAGGAACCACCUCUAAAGGAAGAAGAUGAGGUUCCCGAUGAUGAAACGGUCAACCAGAUGAUUGCGCGACACGAAGAGGAGUUUGACCUUUUCAUGCGCAUGGACCUAGACCGCAGGCGGGAGGAAGCGCGCAACCCCAAGCGCAAGCCGCGUCUGAUGGAGGAGGAUGAGCUGCCAUCUUGGAUCAUCAAGGAUGAUGCGGAGGUGGAGAGGUUAACGUGUGAGGAGGAGGAGGAAAAGAUGUUUGGGCGAGGCUCACGGCACCGUAAGGAGGUGGACUACAGUGACUCGCUGACUGAAAAGCAGUGGCUCAAGGUAUACAUGGCGAUAGAGGAGGGCACGCUGGAGGAGAUCGAGGAGGAGGUGCGCCAGAAGAAGUCUUCCCGUAAACGCAAACGGGACACGGAUGUCGGCUCCGCCACUCCUACCACGAGCACCCGCAGCCGGGACAAGGAUGACGAGAGCAAAAAGCAGAAGAAGCGCGGCAGGCCGCCCGCGGAGAAGCUCUCCCCCAACCCGCCCAACCUCACCAAAAAAAUGAAGAAGAUCGUGGACGCUGUGAUCAAGUACAAGGACAGUAGCAGUGGACGCCAGCUCAGUGAAGUCUUCAUUCAACUGCCUUCUCGCAAGGAGCUGCCCGAGUACUACGAGCUCAUCCGCAAGCCGGUGGACUUCAAGAAAAUCAAGGAGCGCAUCCGCAACCACAAAUACCGGAGCUUGAACGACCUGGAGAAAGACGUCAUGCUGUUGUGUCAGAACGCGCAAACCUUUAACCUCGAAGGCUCUCUGAUCUACGAGGAUUCGAUAGUGCUGCAAUCCGUCUUCACCAGCGUGAGGCAGAAAAUCGAGAAAGAGGAGGACAGUGAAGGUGAGGACAGUGAGGAGGAGGAGGAAGGAGAAGAAGAAGGAUCUGAAUCCGAGUCUCGAUCCGUCAAGGUGAAGAUCAAACUGGGCCGGAAGGAGAAGGCGCAGGACCGGCUGAAGGGCCGCAGGCGCACGAGCCGCGGCUCCCGCGCCAAGCCCGUCGUCAGCGACGACGACAGCGAGGAGGAGCAGGAGGAGGAUCGCUCCGGCAGCGGCACCGAAGAGGACUAGAGCGACAUUCCAGGGGCCGAGCUUUCCCGGGCGGAGACGCCGCAUUCCCUUAGCUCUAACGGGUAGCAACGAUGUAGUAUCAGACUUGAGUAAACUGUAUAAAACUCUUCCAUAUUUAUACCGCAGAGAGAUGUAGGACUGUGUGUGUCUUGCCUUGUCCUGACAUCAGUAGCGUUUGUAACAGCAUUAACUGUUUAAAAGAGUUACGAAUCGGGGAACACUUGAUAUCUAUUUUUUCUUUCUAUGGCAGUACUGUUUCGGUUGCAGUAUUGGAUCACCGUAGUUUUAAGCCGUGGAUGCAUGUGCGUAGCAGUCCACUCCUAGUACUGUAUUUUAUUAAACAGGCCCAAGCGCCGGCCGCUCGCCGGCGCCGGCCGCGUGUGUCAAUGUCACUGGAUUUCAAACAGUAAUAAAUUAAACGAACGUUA